AGGUUAAAAAUGCAUUGUAACGCGCGUUACUGACAUUUGUACCGAGUAAAAUAUUACCAGAUGAUUUUCUGUAAUGCCUUACAUUACCGCGUUACUGCAAAAAGCAAUGCAUUACAGUAAUUCGUUACUUUUGUAACGCGUUACUCCCAACACUGUCAGGCGCAUAGCCCGAACCACAGACACAUACGUAUGUUUCUACGCCUAUGGCCCGAGCAACAAUACAAUUCCCACAAUGCACCGCAGUUCCAGCCUACAGGCACGCGCCUCGCCGAGUCGGGAAGAAGCUGGCAGCGCUGGAUUAGCUGGCUGCGUUCUCUCUCAUCUCAUCAUGCGCGCGCUUAAACCUUUCCUCAGGAACAGCAGGAACUGAUUUGGCGUUUUACACUUUCACCAGAGGAGCACACUCAGGUCAGAAUGCGGCUGUGCUCCUGUGCCGUGAAAUUGUUGGUGCGAUGGCUGCGCAGCUGCUCCAGGCACAGUCGCAACUGCUUGCCUCGGAGACUGCAGGAGCAUCUGAGCUACACCAGACUCAUCAUGAAUUCCCUCUGCUACAACUCUCUCCUCAACUGUGAUCUCGUGACUGACUCCCUUUUCGAGCCGGUGUUCUGGAUGGUGGAUAUCAUUACCCGCUGGUUCGGGAUGGUCUUUGUGUUUCUAGUGAUAGUUCUCACCAGCUCCGUCCUCCUCGUCGCAUAUUUAAGCCUCCUCCCUUUGGCCCUUAAGACAUAUUCUCUUGGCUGGUUAGUAUGGCACUUAAGCUACGGACAUUGGAACUUGGUGAUGAUUGUCUUCCACUACUACAAAGCCACAACUACAUCUCCUGGAUACCCUCCUAAGGCUGACAUUGCGUUCGUGUCUGUCUGCAAAAAGUGUGUAAUGCCCAAACCAGCAAGAACUCAUCACUGUGGCAUUUGCAAAACGUGUAUACUGAAAAUGGACCAUCACUGUCCUUGGCUUAACAACUGCGUCGGUCAUUUCAACCACCGUUAUUUCUUCUCCUUCUGUCUCUAUAUGACUCUUGGCUGUAUAUAUUGCAGCAUCAGCGGCCGUAACCUUUUCCUAGACGCAUAUCAUGCUUUAGAUCAAAUCAAGCACAUGGACAUGGAAAAGCAGGGCGUUCCGGUGACGGGUGUAGGUCUGCUCAUAGGAAUCCUUCCUCAAGAAUCUCUGACAGAGAAGAGUCAAACCUCAGUACCAAUAACCUUUAAGGACCGGAUGUUUCAUAAGAGUGUUAUCUACAUGUGGGUGCUUACUAGCACAGUCGCAGUUGCUUUAGGAGCUCUGACUUUGUGGCAUGCUGUCCUCAUCUCCUGUGGAGAGACCAGUAUUGAGAGACACAUCAACAGUAAAGAGGCCAGACGCAUGGCCAAGCAGGGAAAAGUUUAUAGGAAUCCAUUCAACUAUGGGAAACUAAACAACUGGAAGGUGUUUUUUGUCAUAGAGAAGAGGAGUCACUGGCUAACCCGGGUUUUACUGCCUUCUGGACACAGUCCUUAUGGUGACGGGCUGGCGUGGGACAUCUACCCGAUUAAAAAAGAUAUGAUGACAGUCUAAAUUUGAGCAGAAACAGAUGUAAUGUUACUCAUACUAGGUUGGUGUCAGGUCACUGCCUGCCUGUGGAUCCAUAAUCCUGCACAUCAUGUAGUCUGCCAAGCCCAGAUUUACAACUAUGACGUGGGAUGACAAGCAGCCAUGAAGAGGAAGAAACUGCCUUGUUACUGGAAUAAUGGAAAUUUUUAACACGAUGACAACUGUGACGACAACUUUUCUCUACCGUGCACGUCCAGAGACUGGAUCUGAUUUGAGUUUGGAAGAACUGGGACGUGCUGUGGAGCUGUGCUCCCUCAAAUAUCAAAACUAUAUAUGACCGACUAAAUGAUGGACAAUUGUCCAUGUUUUAUACUCAUGGUAUUUAUUUUACCUUUAUAUGCAUUUGCACCCAUCCAAAGUCUGCAGUUGUAGGUUGUAAAAGUUAUAAUCACAAAAAAGAUUUGGUCUAUGGUUUUUAUAAAGAACCAGAUGGACAAGGUGGUGGGUUUCUUGUGACUAUCAUUAUUAAAUUUUUACAGUGUUUUAUAACAAAUACUUGACCAAUAUUUAAAAAUAAAAUGCAUCUUGCUUUUCUUUUA